CAGCUCUUUGUUGACGUUUGAUGUUCUAUUCGUUUUCAUAAAAAUAUAAUUUCAUUCGAUUGAUUCCUGUAGUUUCGUGAUUAUUCAGAAAUCUUGAUAGUAACAAUGCUAUUUCCGGAGGACAAACACUUCAGCGAAUCUCAGCCAAAUAAGGAUUUCAAACGACUGGUGGUCGAUUACGUGAACAAAUCCGAUAAAUUCCACUUCAAGACCAAGGACUUCUCCAAACAAUUCUCGCACAUCUAUGCCUCGCGUUUGGAUGAGAUGCUCGGAUUGAUCAAAGAACGCGCCAAACAUAAAUGGGGUACCGAACACCCGAUCAAGCAACUGGCCGAGCUGAAGGAAGACAGUCCCGAGAAGUGCAUCAUCGUCGGCACGCUGUUCAAACACCAAGAGCUCAAGCCUAGCAUUCUGCGGGAAAUUUCUGAAGAGAAUCAGCUGGUUCCACAACCGCCCCGCUCGCACUACACCGACGAUGCCGACAUCCUGAUCCUGGAGGACGCUCUGCAGCGGAUCCGUCUGAUGGGAAAGAUGGACGUACACUCGUUCGUGACUGGUGCGGUCUGCGCCGUUCUAGGAUACGAGGAUGGAGAUGGACGAUUCCGUGUGGAGGAUUAUCUGUUUUACGAAAGUGGACUACAGAGCCCUUUGAAACCAUUGGAACAUUCUCCGUUGCUUGUACUCAUCUCCGGUUUAAAUUUAGGUUCCCCAAACGACUAUUCUAUGUCGAUGGAAUUAUUACAACAAUGGAUCUUUGGUAACCUGGAAGGAUUCGGCCAAGGUCGUGACUGGGAAGCGGCCAGCGUUGUUCGAGUCGUACUAGCAGGAAAUUCCGUAAAAGCUUCGGUAAAGCCAAAGAACAAUCUUCAUGGACGCCCCAUCACCGAAUCAUCGGAUCUACUGAAUGCCGUUAAAGCGGUCGACACUUUCGUGUACAACCUGGCCCAAUCGGUCAACGUGGAUUUGAUGCCGGGCGAGUUCGACCCAGCCAACCACAUGCUGCCACAACAGCCCAUGCAUCAGUGUAUGUUCCCCAAGGCGGUGUCUUUUGCAAGCUUUCGAGGUGUUACUAAUCCGUACGCUUGCGAAAUAUCCGGUCGCUCCAUUUUGGGCACCUCCGGUCAGAACGUGCAUGACAUCGGUCGUUAUUCUAAGAUCGAGAAUCCUCUGGAGGCUUUAAAGAGCACGUUAGUGUGGAGUCACAUUGCGCCGACGGCACCAGAUACGUUGCCGUGCUAUCCGUACUACCAGAAGGAUCCGUUCAUAAUCAGCGAAUGUCCACAUGUGUACUUCGCCGGUAACACAGGCGAGUUCCGGACGGAACUUUGGGAGGGCAGCAACGGUCAACGAACGCGGUUGGUUUGUGUGCCUUCAUUUUCUGAAACCCAUUCCAUCGCGGUUGUGAAUCUGAGGACACUGGACUGCCAGCCGGUUUGCUUUAAGGUGAACGAAUUUGAUGAUGCCGAAGAAUGAUAGUAUUAGGCUAGAUUUGUUUACGUGUUGAAUAAACCUUUUUUCAUGAUGUCAAA